AUGUUGUUGUCCUUCUUGAGUAAGCGCACUUUGGAGGCUGAUUCCAGGGACACCUAUGGGUUUGCUUUGAGACCUCAAUAUAUACAAACAUAUAAAGAACACGCUCAUAUUUACCAGGAGGAGGAAGGUGAACGAUCACAUAAAUGGAAGAACUUUCUUGAACAUGUAGAAAAAUCUUCUCAGCCGUGCUCUCUUGAGAAGGCACAUUUAGAUGAAUUGCCAGCAGUAGCCACAGAGCAGAAGGCACAUAGAGAGGAACUUCAAGCUGAACCUACUGAGCAGAAAGCAGAGAUAGCUUCUGAGAGUGGUGAGGAAGGGAAUGUCAAAAGUAGUCGGAAAUCUAUUUCCAAAAGUUCAUCAGAAAGAGAUUUCAAGAAGGAGGUUCAACUUCCAAAAGAAACAAGUAAAUUCCAAACAUGGACUUCCAUUAGGCCAUCCCUUAGUUCCAUUGAAUAUAUGAUGAGUAUUCGUGUUAGGAAACAAAAGAAUAUGAAUGAUAAGCGGAUAGUUGUGGAUAAAGACUAUAUUCCUAUGAAAGAUGAGCAGAUAAUUGUGGAUAAAGGCCAUCCUCCUAUGAAAGAUGAGCAGAUAAUUGUGGAUACAGACCAUCUUUCAUCAAUAGAAGAAGUUCCUUCACAGGAGGCUUGUGAGGAUGGUCAAGAGGAAGACCUUUUUCUUGAUGUCUCCAGUGGAUCAAGUUCUGCAAGUAAUGGGGUAUCUGAUGGCAUGAAAUCUUCUGGGGAAGAAGAGGUUGUGGAUGAUGGUGUCUGUAACAGUGUGCCAGCUGAUCAGACAAAAGAGGAUGUGGCUAAUGGGAUCCAUCCAGAACCUUUCUUUCCUUGGAAACAAGAACUGGAGUCCCUUGUUUAUGGAGGAGUUCCAAGGGAUCUCAGGGGAGAGGUAUGGCAAGCUUUUGUAGGUGUGAAGGCUCGUCGGGUGGAGAAAUAUUAUUAUGACCUGCUGGCUGAAGAAACAAAUACUGGCGAUAGCAUGGAUAAUGAUAUUGCAGGUGGUGCUUUCAGAAAAUGGAGAAAGCAGAUUGAGAAGGACAUACCACGUACCUUUCCAGGACAUCCUGCAUUAGAUGAGAAUGGUCGGAAUUCAUUGAGGCGUUUGCUUUUAGCUUAUGCUAGACAUAAUCCCUCUGUUGGGUACUGUCAGGCAAUGAAUUUCUUUGCAGGGCUAUUACUACUUCUGAUGCCUGAGGAAAAUGCUUUUUGGACUUUUGUGGGUAUAAUCGACGACUACUUCGGUGGCUAUUAUACUGAAGAAAUGAUAGAAUCACAGGUGGACCAGCUUGUUUUUGAGGACUUAGCGCGAGAAAAGUUCCCAAAAUUGGCGAAUCAUCUGGAUUACUUGGGAGUUCAGGUGACAUGGAUCAUUGGACCUUGGUUUCUUUCCAUUUUUGUAAAUAUGAUUCCUUGGGAAAGUGUUAUUCGAGUUUGGGACGUGCUUCUGUUUGAAGGAAAUCGUGUUAUGCUGUUUCGAACAGCACUAGCUUUAUUGGAGUUACAUGGUCCUGCUGUAGUCACCACUAAAGAUGCAGGGGAUGCUAUUACUUUGUUGCAGUCCCUUGUUGGCUCCACAUUUGAUAGCAGCCAGCUAGUUUUGACUGCUUGCAUGGGAUUUUUAGCUAUAAAUGAAACUAAGUUGAAAGAUUUGAGAGAUAAGCAUCGGCCAACUGUAUUAGAAGUAGUCGAGGAAAGAGCUAGGGCUAAGAAAUGGAAGGAUUCAAAAGGGCUAUCAUCUAAGCUGUACAGUUUUAAGCAUGAUCCUACUAUAAAAGAAGAAAAAAGUACUACUGAAGAAGAAAGCGCCAAUGGAGAUGUAUCUCAAUCGAAAUCUGACUCCUGUAAUGUAGAUGAAAUGCUUAAUGGCUUGUCUCUUUCUUCAGAACUAGAUUCCUUAUCGGAUCCUCAGGACCAGGUGGAUUUGUUAAAGGUUGAGUUAUGCAGGGUGCUGGAGGAGAAAAGAUCUGCUCUACUCAGAUCCGAGGAGUUGGAGACGGCACUUAUGGAGAUGGUCAAGCUUGAUAAUCGACGAGAAUUAACUGCAAGGAUUGAGAAGUUGGAGCACGAGGUGGCUGAGCUACGCCAAUCCCUCAAUGACAAGACAGAGCAAGAAGCUGCAGUGAUUAAGGUAUUGAAGUUGGUGGAGCAAGAACAAAAGGUAACUGAAGGUGCCAGAAUAAGUGCAGAGCAAGAAGCAAUAAAACAGAAACAUGCUCUUUGUGUGCUUCAGGAAAAUUAUGACAACGCUAUGUCUUCACUUACUGAGAUGGAAAGGAGGGUAAAAGUGGCAGAAUCAAUGCUGGAGGCUACAUUGCAAUAUGAAUCUGGUCAAGCUAAAGCUUUAUCUUCUCCAAGAACUUCAGCUUUUGAAGAA